AUUAAAUCUUAUCGGGCCCCGCUUGUUAUAAAUGAGGUGAACUGUCAAUGCUUUCGAGUAUUUGCUAAUUGGACGCCAUGUCAAGUCAACUGGUUUUAAUUUCGCUGCUGAUUUUCGCAGCCAGCGCCGCGAGCGUCUCUUUCGAGGACUGUGGUUCCCUGUACUCGCUGGACGCAGUGGACAUUGACGGGUGCGACGUCAGUACGGAGCCGUGCCCGCUGCUGCGUGGACAAGAGGUUAACGUCACCAUCCGCUUCCAGUCAGGUUUCAGAAGCGAGCAGCUCCGGCCGAACGUCUUCAUCACCCAGUUCAACGUGGACACCCACCUUGUGGUGACUCCAGACGAUUGCAGGGCCCUCCUGUACCCAGUGUGCCCCAUCGUGCCUGGACAGAAUGCCUUGUACAAAGCCAAACUCGUUGUCAGCCCCAAUUUGGCACUCAUUGAAGGAACCCUGACGUGGAAGCUUCACAGCGAUAGUACGCAGAAUCUAAUUUGCAUGCGCACCGAAGUCAUCAUUGGACCAGAGGUUGAACCCCAUGGCAAAGGAUUCUAAAGCAAGCUGAGAGCUAUAGUAGCAAAGGGCCAAAUGAUCUGAGAUUUUUGUAAUUUUAAGUGUUGUGUGUUAUGCUAUGCAUUGUAAAAUCAAUAAAACAAAAUAAAGAUAAAAAUGUUAAA